AUGUCUGUUUCGGGCGCCGCUCAUCCACGUCGCCUGCGGAACUUUUGGCUAUUGGUUUCAUGCUUUUGUGCCGGUUCAAUCUUUACGAAGUUCUCCUAUGACAACUGGACCUCGAAUAACAUCAGUCCCCAGUUCGCCCCGAAAGGAUCUCAAGGAGCGACUCAUAUCGUCGUGGCAAGCCAACGAGGCGACGACACCGCGUGGCUGGAUUCCUUACCACAGUGGCCGAAAUCUAUCUAUGUGACAGAUGAUCCAACUGCAGGAUUAUCGGUGCCAGCGAACAAAGGUUGCGAAGGAAUGGUUGAUUUGACCUACAUAAUUGAAAAUUACGACAACUUGCCAGCCUCGAUCAUCUUUUCGCAUUCAAAACGAUACCAAUGGCACAACGACGAUCCUUUUUACGACGGCCUGGCCGUGCUUCAAAGACUAAACAUAUCCUACAUCGAGGCGGUUGGAUAUGCCAGCCUCCGCUGCUGCUGGACACUAGGAUGUCCUGUCGAAAUCAAACCGCUUCGAGAGGCCGUAGCCGAACACCCUGAUUCAGAUCCCGAUUCACCCAGAGCUAGAGCUGGAUCAUUCUUCAAAGCAGCGUUUGAAGAGAUGUUUCCAGGCCAGCCAGUCCCCGAAGAAAUCGGCGCUUCGUGCCGUGCUCAGUUUGCCGCAACGGCAGACACCGUUAGACAAAGACCUCGCGCAGUUUGAGCACGAAAACAGUUGAAAUUUCCAACGACACAUUGAAGUUGACAGGUGCUCGAUCUCCUGUGCUUCCUUUCCUAGCUCGUCUGGUAGCCAUCGAAUCGGCGAAUACCUUGUCGGGUGAUCACUGUCGUUAAAAGACCAAUCUAUGGUAGCAAAGUCAGGCACCCAACACCAGUCCGACAGAAACCAGAGGACAGGACCAGCAACAAGAGCCUCCACUGUUUCCUGUGGUGUAGACGGCGGCUGGAACCGCCAUUUUAAUGACCCAUACGGAGCGCAUAGCAUGGUUCCUCGAUAUUGCCUUUUUGUAUGGACCGAGAGGAACAGGAGCGAAUAUUUGGGCCUGGGAAACGUGAGUAUUGGAUCACUCACUGGCUAGACGUUUCUUGGGGAAUGCUAUUUGCAACAAGUCUGUGACAACCAAGUGUCCCGUCUGUUACUGGCUGUCACAGCCGCUGCGGAAUAGAUGAGGUCGAAAUCAGCUCAGCAUCGACGGCCAUUGCUGCCAAGAUCUUGUUACUGAGUGGAGUUGCACAAACCGGCUCCGUGGCAAUCACGCCAAGCUGCAUAUAACAUGACCACAAAGCUUUGCCCUUCAGGACUUCCUUUGACAUAAGGUGUGCGAUCACCCCAGCCCAGAGGGUUCACAGCAGGUCUUGCAAUACCACUUUGGUCGAUGUGAGCAGCCACCGCCUUCCGAUUCUUAUCAGCCCACGCCAACAUGUCGGUCGUCACCUAAAUAAGCUUAGUAAAUAUCUAAAGGGAUUCAAUGACUCG